AUGAAGAAUAGCGGCAACCAAGGAAUAUGUGGAAAUAUAAUGUGGUGUCAUUUGGUGGUUUUGUGGAGAUUUACCGUUGGGAGUCGUUUAACCCAAAGAGGCGUUUAAUCACAAACAACCCUACGAGUGUGAAUGCAUAACCAAGCAUUAUAAACAUAGGCCCAAAGUUAAUAAACUCCUGUGUGAAAACAGGCUGAGCUACCUCAUGGUCAGUCUUAGCCAGGGGUAAAUGCAAUUCUAAAACUCCUUUGGUCUGUCUAUAUUUUUAGAGAUUUUUUUGCCAAUAUGUAUCCUUUCUUUGAGACACAAUCUCAUUCUCAGGAACAUAAUAAUGAAAAAUAGGUGUGGCAUGUUGUCAUUGUGAGUAAAUUCGAAAGAGAAAGUAAUGUUUGACAACCAUUUAUUAACAACUCUGUAAUAUCACAAUAUCUCACACCUCUUAUUAUGAUAAAUAUUAUAAAGAGUAUUGUGCUGUAUAUUGCAGAUAAAAGAAAUCCAGUAUGCCAUUCUUUGUCAUGUUAUGACUCAGUCCUGAAAGUUCCUGUUUCAUGUAUCAGAAAAAAUAUAAAUCAUUUAGUUGUGUUUAUGAAGGUCUUGGGUAAUAUUAGAGUAUGUAUGACAAAGAAAGAUUCAAAAUAACAUUAAUGAGUGUGUUAAUGUAGGCUAUAUGAGUGCAUGGAACAUCACACUGACAUAAUUACAUCAUCAUGGGCCUCUGUCCAAGAAGUUUCAAAGGGACCCCUAGCCAGGAAGCAUGUGGACACGUGAGAAGUGUGUGCUCCCAUUAUGGAGCAAUGGGCAGAUUGUUUUCACAGUUCAUAUGGUCAGCAAGGCUGAACCCUUUCAGCAAAUAUUUAGGGGCCCCCGCAUUAAAUAGACUCUCUGCAAAUAUUCAGAUGGCCCAGCAUGCAUAAAGAAUGAAAAAGUAUGACGUUUUCUUUUUGUCAGACUAGCGACAAGAAUGGCCUGAGUGGUAGAGGCAGAGAGACCUGUUAAUUCCACCAGGAGCUGGUUGAGUUUCUCAGCACAAAACAAUCCUCCACAUCUCUGAAUGGUGAUAGAGGCUGAGGAAUGAUAAAUGAUAAACAACAGUGCAUUUGUCAGUCUACUCAAGUAUGCAGAUGACACCACUGUGGUGAGUCUACUCACUGAUGGCAAUGAGUCCAUCUACAGUGGAGAGCCUAACCAGCUGGAUGGAACAUGGAACACAAGCAAAACAGCUGAAGUGGUGUUUGACUUUGGGAAACGCCUCCCCACAACCAGAGGUCGAAAGACGACAUCCCACCAAUCAAGAAGGCACACUAGUGAAUUAUGCCACUUCUAUUCACACCACUUCCAUCCCUAUCUGAUUUGGGUCUGCAACAACCAGACACAGAGGAUCAGAAAAGACCACUACCUGAACAGUUUCUUUCCUCUGGCUGUUGUACUCAGAAAACAGCCUUCUGCCCCACAGACUCUAACAGGACUAUACUCAGCACAUCAAGCCACCACCAAACUGUAAAACUGUUGACUACACAACUGUACUAUACCCAAUGCUUGGCUAAAUCUUUUCUUUUGAUUAUACCUUGUUGUAAUUAUAUUUUUCAUUAUAUUGGAAUGGCCAUAUAACACAUCGAUCACAACUGAACACUUUUAAUAACAGCGGUUGGUUAAAGGAUAAAGUACAUUUACCAAGAUAACACAAACAACACCUGGUGUGAGUUGUUGGUGGGAGGUGUGGAUAAGUAAUGGUUGUGUCUUGAGGCCACUCCCCCCUUUCCACAAACUUUAAAUAGUCUUUAUCAAAACACAACUGCAUACUGUGUCACAAUAAGGAGAGCCAACAUCACUGCUUCCACUCUACAUAAUUCUGACAGUCUGACAUCUCAAUGGGGCAGAAGCAGUCAGGACAGGAAAAGGAGCAUUGGAAAAGGAGCAUUGAAUUCAAUUCUCCCCACCUAUGUGGGUGUCAGUGUCUAGGGCCCCUGUCCUUCCACAAUGGGUCCAUGGGAAGCGGGUUGAGUAUGAGUAUAGAGGGCAGGCAUGUGGAGAGGGACAGGAAAACCUUCCAGAAUGGCUUGGCCUUCAGCAAUCGUCCCAUCAGGGUCCAGGAAAAGAUCCAUCUACGGGUGGAACAAUGUGACCAACACUGGCAAGGAGCUCUACGGUUGGGCUUCACAUCCAGAGAUCCCUCCAUGUCCGAGCCCUUCUUCCCCCCCGCCUUGGCUAUCCCUGACCUUACCGACACCGAUGGGUUCUGGGCAUCCAUUCUGCCCCCUGGUUUUACCAUGCUAGGGGCAGAGCUCAUCUUCUGGGUCACCCACCGAGGGGUGCUGGUGUGUGAGGGGCCAAAUGGUGUGAGGUACAGGCUCCUGAAUGGGGUGGAUGUGAGACGCCCUCUCUGGGCCAUGAUAGAUGUCUACGGGCAGACGAGAGCUGUGCUCCUAUUGGGAUCAGAAAAAAAAGCCUCUCUGCGCCAUAUCCAGAGGAGCUGUCCUGUUCCUCCCCCACCGCCUGCUUCUCAUGGAGACAGCUGCAUGUGUGUUGACAAGGGUCGUCCGUGUCGCAACUCUCUGGACUAUAGGCUCUCUACUGACUGUAUCACCUCCACAGAGGCAGACACUUUUGCGGAACAAGACUCUGAACAAUGUGUAGUAUGUCUAUCUGCAAGAGCUACAGAAGUCCUUCCCUGCUUCCACCGCUGCCUGUGCGCUAGCUGCGUAAUUCCGUUCAAACGCGUGUUCAGAAACUGUCCGCUGUGUCGUCACGUAAUAAGGCCGACUGGACGUUGACGAACAUACGCUUAAUCUGUACAUACGUUUAAUAUAAAAUAUGUUCUGAUGUUUCUAUUUUGUACUGUAUAUUCUGUUACUUGUUACAAGUUCAUGAGGGGCAGCUAUUGCUAUCUCCUCCAAUAGUGGCUGAGUGGCUGAGAAACACUGAGCGAUGAACACAGAAAAUAUCCAGUUUGAAUAAUCUUUCUUUUCUGGUUACUUGACAGUAUAUCAAUAUUGUUCUUUACCGUUCAAGAGGCUUAAGCUUAAACUACUUGAUGAAUAACUUUCCUUGUAUUAAUUGUGUUUAUUUGUUCAUAAAUAAGCAUGAAAUACAUAUGUAAAUAAAGUU